AUGGUGACGAACGCCGUUCUCGGUGGAAUCGCAGAUACAGUGGCACAGACAAUUACAGCGUUUCGGAUGCGAUCUAUGAAGCGAUCGGUAGACCCAGAUAGCGGAGUUAUAUCAAUCGAAAUACAAGAUUUUGACAAAGAGAAGCCUCCUCAAUGGGGCGAGCUGGGAUAUGCGAAGAAUCGGCCUGCACCAUUUGAUUUUGAACGAUUGACACGAUUCAUGGCGUACGGUUUCUUCAUGGCUCCUAUUCAAUUUCAAUGGUUCCGAUUCCUAUCGCGCGCCUUCCCUAUCACAAAAACAUCGGCAACUGGUCCUGCAUUUAAGAGAGUUGCUGUUGAUCAGCUUAUGUUUGCACCUUUCGGUCUAUUCUGCUUCUUCACUUUCAUGACACUAGCUGAAGGUGGAGGUCGAAGGGCACUGAUGAACAAGUUCCGUGAUGUCUACCUGCCUACAUUGAAGGCCAACUUUAUUCUAUGGCCUGCAGUCCAGGUUCUCAACUUCCGUGUCGUUCCCAUUCAAUUUCAGAUUCCAUUCGUCUCCACUGUGGGAAUUGCAUGGACAGCAUACCUGUCGCUCACCAACUCGUCCGAAGAGGAGUAA